AUGGCCACCCAGCAAACAGCGACGACCCACUACAUCCUCGCCGCCAACGGGACGAGAUUCGCCCACCGCCGUCUAGGCCGUGCAACAGGCGUCCCGCUCGUAAUGCACAUCCACUUCCGAGCAAAUAUGGACUUCUGGGAUCCCGCCCUAAUCAACGCCCUAGCCGCCACUCGUCCGGUCAUCCUCUUCGACCAAGCCGGCGUAGGCCGCAGCACCGGCUCCAUCCCCACAACAUUCCAAGGCUGGGCCGACGACCUGAUUGCGCUCAUCACAGCCCUCAAUAUCAACGAGAUCGACCUCUUCGGCUUCUCCAUGGGCGGCGCGGCCGUGCAGAUGGUUGCGCUGACGGCGCCGAGCCUCGUGCGGAAGCUUGUUCUUGCGGGGACAGCCGCUUCGGAGCCGUCGCCUUUGGUGUCGGACUUGAGGGGGAUUGUCUGGCCGCGAGAUGUGCCGCCGAGUGAGCCGAUUAAGCUACUGGCUACCGCGAGAACUCCUGCGGAGAUUGGGCGCGCCCUCGCGUACUCGUUCUUUCACGAUACGGAUGAGGGCCGCGCGGGUGCGAAGGCGUACUGGGGCCGUGUCUCCGAGCGACAUGUAUCAGGAGAGCCACGCCUGCUUGACCUCGUUGACGCUGACACUGGCGGGAAGCGGCAGCGGGCUGCGUAUCAAGACUGGCUCAAGCCCAACCCACGCAACUCGUUUGACCGGCUAGGAGAGCUGAAGAUGCCGGUGCUUGUGAUGAAUGGUGAUCAUGAUGCUUUGAUCCCGACGAGUCGGAGCUGGGAGAUGCAGGCCAGGAUACCGAAUGCGCAGUUGAUCGUAUAUCCGCGGGCGGGACAUGGCUUUUUGUAUCAGUAUGCGGAGUUGGUGGCGGCGCAUGUCAAUAUAUUCCUUGACGUGGAGGACUACGGAGAUGCCACGGCGAAGUUAUAA